AUGACUUGCAGUUGGGCGAAAGAGCAGCGGUCGGGAGUUUCAAAGAAGUGUGUGGCGAGAUACCACAGUACCAAGAAGGAGGCAUUGUUUGUAGGAUCUGAAGGUACCGCCUCGCAGGGGCGGGACGACGGAGUAGAAGAGCAGAAGAAGUCUCCUUCCGACCAGCCGCCUCCAUACGCCGAGCCACAGCCUCAGCCUGCACCUCCGCCCAGUACUGCCAACGUUCAACAGCCAGUGUUGGUGGCGACUGAGGUGGUGAUCGGCCCUGAGUCGUGCUCCCUGGUGUGCCCCUUCUGCCACGCUUCCGUGAAGACCCGGGUGGACGUCGUCAGCAACAGCAGGACACACUGCAGCGCCUGCGUCCUGUGUCUGGUGGGAGGCCUGUGUUGCAUGUGGAUUCCUUACUGUAUGGACAGCUGCAAAAGCAAGAUACACUACUGCCCUAAAUGUGGUGCUUAUAUUGGCACGUAUGACAAAUGAUGUGUUCGUGAUAACACAAAAUAUGUAAAAUUUUUAUUAAUUUUUGUUACAGAAACGCAUGAAUUUGGUGUUUAUGA